UCAUGGCGGACGCUGUGGACAUUGAUUUGUACGCCGACGACUUGGAACAAGAAUUCAAUCAGGAUGCCGAAUAUGGUUCAAGUUCAGCUAAUGUUGAUCUGUACGAUGAUGUAAUAACAGCUCCUGCUAGUAAUGGGCAGGGAGUUGAAAAUUUUUCAGAUGGUGUUCAUUCAAAGGCUCCUACAACUCCUACAAGUCUUCAAACAUCUAGUGGCAAAAGAGUUUCCCUAUAUGUUGGAAAUCUCACAUGGUGGACAACUGACCAAGAUUUAGCUGACUCUAUAAUGAGUGUUGGUGUCAAUGAUCUUCAAGAAAUCAAAUUUUAUGAGAAUCGUGCCAACGGCCAGUCUAAAGGCUUCUGUGCUGUACAUGUAGGCUCUGAGAAUUCUUAUAGACUUAUCAUGGACAAACUUCCUAAAAGAGAACUUCAUGGACAACUACCCGUUGUUACACCAUGUAACAGAGUGAGUCUCAAUCAGUUUGAGAUGGCAUCAAGAAAAGGAGAUAGUCAAAUGUCUGGUGAAGGAAAAGCUGGACCACCUGGUAGUGUUGGCAGGGGUGGGCCUCCAGGACCACCUCCUCGAGGACCACCAGGAGGAGUCAGAACACCUGGUCCUGGACCACCUCCAAGAGGAGGACCAAGGUUUCCACCGGGACCACCAGGACCCCCUCGUGGUAUGGGUCCAGAUAGAUUCCCUCAUCAAUCACCAGGACCAGGUGCACCAAAUAUGAGACCACCACCUCGUGGACCACCCCCAGGACCACCUCAGCAACAAGGACCUAGACCUGGUGGACCACCACCUGGUUAUCCUGGAGGUCCACAUCACCAUGGUGGACCACCACCUCCCCCUGGAAUGCAAGGACCUCCACCAGAUAGAGGUCCACAUCCAUCACAUCAUGGUCCCAUGCACCCAGGUGGACCAAGACACCCACCACCAGGUCCAAGAGGACCACCUCCUCCCGGACCAGACCCAAGAGGGCCUCCCCAAAGACCAGAGUGGGACAGGCCUCCAGGCUAUGGUGGACCGCCACCCCCAGGAGGACCUGGUGGGCCACCACCAGGACAUGGACCAAUGCCAGGUCCCCCACCCAACAGGGGACCUCCUCCGCCAGGUAUGCAUGGACCACCACAUCCAGGACCUCCGCAUCCAGGGCCACCACCUCAUGGUGGCCCCCAUGGAGGACCCCAUGGUGGCCCUCAUGGAGGACCCCAUGGUGGCCCUCAUGGAGGACCCCAUGGUGGUGGGCCUCCGCCUGGAAGUCAUCCACCCCCACCAGGACAUGGAGGUCCUCCAGCUCCACAUGUGAAUCCUGCAUUUUUCCCACCACAAGGACCUCCACAAGAAAGGCCGCCACCUAAUCCACCAAUGGACAUGUAUGGUCAACCAAUACCAAGGUAUGAGCCAGAACCCUAUAGAUCUGAGAGAAAUGCCAAUCCAUCUUUACCAAAGGAUCCAACCCCUGUGACCUAUCCAUUCGUCAUUUCUAGGCAUGAAAUGCCACCUGCAUCCCCUCAAUUAUCAGAAACAGAGUUUGAAGAGAUUAUGAAUCGUAAUAGAACUGUUUCCAGCAGUGCUAUAUCCAGAGCUGUGCAAGAUGCAAGUAAUGCUGAGUAUGCCAGUGCUAUAGAAACACUGGUCACUGCCAUAUCUCUCAUCAAACAGUCUAAGGUAUCUUCUGAUGAUCGAUGUAAAGUACUAAUCAGCUCUCUCCAAGACUGCCUUCAUGGUAUUGAAAGCAAAUCCUAUGGUUCUGGGUCAAGGCGCAAAGACAGAGGUACAUCUCAUGACAGAGAAGAGAGGGGCCAUCGGUCAUCUCGUGAUAAGAGCCGUCACAAGGAACGCAGAGAUCGUUCACGUAGCAAGGAUAGAGGAGAGUAUCGUGAAAGAAGUCGGGACCGAGAGUACAGAGAACGUGACCGAGAUCGUGAUAGAGAUAGAGAAAGGGAACGUGAACGUUAUCGACGAUAAGCUUUAGUUUUUCUUGAGGUGUAGGUUGAAGGUCAUGUCAGAGUUCAAGGGUCAAUCAAGUAUACAUUCCUUCUGUACUCCUGUUAUUUAGUGAUGUUGGAAAAUAUUUCAUUAUACAGUAUUGUUAACAGAGUUACAAUAACAUUGUAGACAAUAGACAUUGUAUGUAACCAAAUCUAGAUGUAAACAUGUGUGAUGUACACAACUGAUGAUUUGGGGGAAAAUUGGAAAGAGAAGCAAAGACUUGUGAAGAGGAAAAGAGAAAAUUAAUGAAUUAACCUGGAAUUACACAGAAAUGUUGAGCCAUGCUGAGAAUGAAGAAAAUAAAAGCAGCAAGCAUUGAAGAGGAACAUGAAUUGAAAGAAUUCCUGAGAUAUGGCUUAGAUAAGAAUUUAAGGUCUUAAUUGUAUACUUGUCUGAUUUGAACUCGCAGAUUUGAAGACGCUGGAUGCUAGAUUUGUUCUAGUUUCUAUUUCCCUUUAGUCGUUUUUAUAUUAUCCGAAAGUAAAGCUGUACCUGAAUUGAUCAUGUUUUUGAGAAAAAAAAAUAGUUCGCAAAACAAUUUAGGCAUCAAUGUUCGUGUUUGCAUUAGAUUACUUUUAAAAAUCAUUAUCUCAUCAUGUUUCAUCGUCAUUCAAUAGUGCUUCUUCUGAUUUCUUGCAUUUUAAUGUGAUUUUUAUGGUAAGUGUCUUUGGAUUAAAGAUUAUAUUGUGUUGAA